CAGCGGGAGGCGGUGCUAAGUGUCCUCCAGUCAUCCUCUCAGCUCCCUCUGUUCAUUAGCAUGCCGCAUUUGAACGGAGGCAAACGGGGAGGGGAAGAGAAGUAACCGGUCAGACAUUACUUCACAAUUAUUAUAUGAGGAUUUUUAAAACCAGGACCUUGAACCUUCUGGAUGUUUCCGCCCUGGAUAUUUUUCUUCAUUUAAUCGCCUCGGAGGAAUAUUUUCAUUCAGCGUCAGUAACGGUUCUUUUUUUCACCCCUUUUUUUCCCCUCUCCAUAGUAACGUUCAGCCGCUAGCAUAAACCGAUACCUGGCUCAGGUCUCAUGUAGUCUGUCUGUGUCGCCUCUGUAGAUAGAUAGCUAGCUAAAAACCCAGAACAGAGGAAAACAUCUCAGAAAAAUGUGAGUCCUUGUCUUUUUUUCCCCCCCCAUGAGGUAGCCAAGCCCAGUCGUUGGCAUCUUGAAAACAGCUGGGGUCGUGUCGAGAAGAUUGUGGAUUAACGUUUUUGUUUUUUUUUUUCCUGAAUUUGAUUUUUUCCUCCCCUCUCUUGAAAAAUCUGCGGUGGCUGUUAGCAAAAAUGAGCGUCGGUUUAAUUGUAUCAACUACAUGAGUGGAGCCCUGAAGACAAACGCAUCUUUCUCCCUCACAAGGAGUGGACGUUUUUUUUUCCUCCUCAUAAUCUGCUGAAAUAAACGGCGCCAGUGUCAGUGGAAAAAAAUAUGGAAAGCGAGGUUUUCACCCCGUUGCUGGAGCAGUUCAUGCUCACGCCUCUGGUCUGCUGGGUGAAGACAGUCGGGCAGCCGACAGUGACCGAUGGCACCAAAUUAUCGGAAUAUAUUGAAUUAGUGGAUGGGAUUUACCUGAACGAGAUAAUGCUUGAGAUAAAUCCUAAGGCCACGGUGCAGAGGACCAACAAAAAAGUGAACAAUGACUCCACACUGCGCAUCCAGAACCUUUCUAUUCUCAUCAGGCAGAUUAAAUCCUACUAUCAGGAGACUCUGCAGCAGCUGGUGAUGAUGCCUUUGCCAAACGUGCUGGUACUGGGCCGUAAUCCUCUGUCUGAGCAAGGUCUGGAAGAGAUGAAAAAACUGUUGCUGCUGCUACUAGGCUGUGCUGUCCAGUGUGAGAUGAAGGAAGAGUACAUUGAGCGAAUCCAGACUCUGGACUUUGACACCAAAGCUGCCAUAGCAUCCCACAUCCAAGAGGUGACUCAUAAUCAGGAGAACGUAGUAGACCUGCAGUGGUUGGAAAGUGGGGAAAUGCCUCCUGAAGACCUGGAUGGUCUCUCCAGAAACCUGGCUUUCCACCUCAAACACCUGGUGGAUGAGAGGGACACACAGCUGGAGACCAUAGUGGAAUUAACCCAGGAGAGAGACUGUGUGCAGCUGUCUCCCUUGGCUCCCUGUCCGACCCAGUCUCCCGGUGACUCCCCAAGUAUGAGGAGGACCGAAAGCCGACAGCAUCUCUCUGUCGAGUUGGCUGACGCCAAGGCCAAGAUCAGACGCCUUCGACAGGAACUGGAGGAGAAGAGUGAGCAGCUUUUGGACACGAGACAGGAGCUUGAGAACAUGGAAGUGGAGCUCAAAAAGCUUCAGCAAGAGAGCUACCAGUUGCUGUCGGAUGCUCGGUCGGCUCGGGCCUACCGUGACGAGCUGGACGCACUCAGAGAGAAGGCAAUCCGUGUCGACAAACUGGAGAGUGAGCUGAGCCGAUAUAAGGAGAGACUUCAUGAUAUUGAGUUUUACAAGGCCAGAGUCGAGGAGCUGAAGGAGGACAACCAGGUGCUGUUGGAGACUAAAGCCAUGUUGGAGGAGCAGCUUGAUGCUACCCGGACUCGCUCUGACAAACUGCACCUCCUGGAGAAAGAGAAUCUGCAGCUCAAAUCCAAGAUCCAUGACCUGGAGAUGGAGCGGGACAUGGACCGUAAACGUAUGGAGGAGCUGUUAGAGGAGAACCUUGUGCUUGAGAUGGCCCAGAAACAGAGCAUGGAUGAGUCCCUGCACCUGGGAUGGGAGCUGGAACAACUUUCUAAGACACCAGAACUGGCCGAAGCCCCUCAGAAAUCUCUGGGUGAGGAAGUGAAUGAGCUGACCUCGAGCCGCCUGUUGAAACUCGAGAAAGACAACCAGACCCUGCUGAAGACUGUGGAGGAGCUCAGAGGUGCAGCCAGUGAGGACAAGGUGGCAAAACUGUCCAAAGUCAACCUGGAAAACCAGAAACUGACCCAGAAAUUGGAGCAGCUGGAGAGUGAACUAACAGCGGACAGAGAGUCUCUCCGCAGCGCCGAAUCCCUCAGUACUGACCUGAUGAAGGAGAAGGCUUUACUGGAAAAGACUCUGGAAACACUGAGGGAAAACUCUGAGAGACAGCUGAAGGGUUUGGAGCAGGAGAACAAGCAUCUGGGCCAGACGGUGUGUUCUCUGCGUCAGCGCUGCCAGGUUGGUGCUGAGGCCCGAGUCAAGGACGUGGAGAAAGAGAAUCGUGUUCUCCACGAGUCCAUCUGCGAGACUACUGCAAAACUCAAUAAGAUGGAGUUUGAAAGGAAACAAUUACGUAAAGAGCUUGAAGUGAUGAAGGAGAAAGGGGAGCGAGCAGAGGAGUUGGAGAUUCAGAUUCAGAAGCUGGAAAGGGACAACGAGAGCCUGCAGAAGAAAGUUGCCAGUCUUGGAAUCACCUGUGAAAAGGUAUCUUCGUUGGAGAAAGAGAACACUGAGCUGGAGGCAGAGGGCCGUCGUCUGAAGAAGAAGCUGGACACUCUGAAGAACAUGGCGUUCCAGCUGGAGGCUCUGGAAAAGGAGAACUCCCAGCUGGAGGAGGAGAACCUGCAGCUUCGCCGCUCGGCCGAGAGUCUCCGGUCAGCCGGUGCUAAGGCAGCACAGCUUGAAGCUGAGAACAGGGAGCUGGAGAGUGAGAGGAGCCAGUUGAAGCGAAGCCUGGAACUGCUCAAAGCCUCAUCCAAGAAGACGGAGAGAUUGGAGGUGAGUUACCAGGGCCUAGAUACAGAGAACCAGCGCCUGCAGAAGGCUUUAGAGAACAGCAGCAAGAAGAUCCAGCAAUUGGAAGCAGAAUUGCAAGAAGUGGAGACUGAGAAUCAAACCCUGCAACGCAACCUGGAGGAGCUCAAGAUCUCCAGUAAACGCCUGGAGCAGCUGGAGCAGGAGAACAAGACUCUGGAGCAGGAAAGCUCCCAGCUGGAGAAAGACAAGAAGCUUCUGGAGAAGGAGAACAAGCGGCUGAGGCAGCAGGCCGAGAUCCGCGACUCUAAGCUGGAUGACAACAACCAGCGGAUCUCCUCCUUGGAGAAAGAAAAUCGGACGAUGGGCAAGGAGAUGAUCUUCUUCAGGGACUCCUGCACGAGAGUUAAAGACUUGGAGAGGGAGAACAAGGAGCUGGUCAAACAGGGAUCUAUUGAUAAGAAGACCCUCAACACACUCAGAGAGGAGCUUGUGAGUGAGAAGCUGCGGACUCAGCAGAUGAACAACGAUCUGGAGAAACUAACCCAUGAGCUGGAGAAGAUUGGAUUAAACAAGGAAAGGCUGCUGCAUGAUGAGGGCUCUGAUGACAGGUUUAGGCUCCUGGAAACCAAACUGGAGUCGACUCUGAAAUCAUCUUUGGAGAUUAAAGAGGAGAAGAUCGCCGCCCUGGAGGCCAGACUGCAGGAAUCCUCAAACCUCAACCAGCAACUUCGCCAGGAGCUGAAGACGGUGAAGAAAAACUAUGAGGCGCUGCGUCAGAGGGAGGAGGAGGAGAGAAUGGUGCAGAGCUCACCCCCUAGAGGAGGGGAGGACCCUCAAUCUGUUAGAAAAUGGGAGAAAGAGAGUCAUGAAGCCACCAGAGAACUGCUGAAAGUCAAAGACAGACUUAUUGAGGUGGAGAGAAAUAAUGCCACGCUGCAGGCUGAGAAGGCAGCCCUGAGGAGCCAGCUCAAACAACUGGAAACUCAAAGCUCCAACCUGCAGGCUCAGAUAGUGGCUGUGCAGAGACAGACUGCAUCUUUACAGGAGAACAAUACAACACUACAGACCCAGAAUGCCAAGCUGCAGGUGGAGAACUCUACCCUGAGCUCUCAAAGUGCUGCCCUCAUGGCUCAGAAUGCCCAGCUGCAGAGCCAGCAGAGCAGUGUGGAGGGUGAGCGUGAGGGAGCUCUUAAAGAUAAAGAGGAGCUGAGGGCCACCUAUGAGCUGCUUCUCCGCGACCACGAGAAACUGGCAGCUCUCCAUGAGAGGCAGGCGUCCGAGUAUGAGGCCCUGAUCGGAAAGCAUGGGGGACUGAAGACUUCCCACAAGAGCCUGGAGCAGCAGCACAGGGACCUGGAGGACAAGUACAAGCAGCUACUGCAGAGGAAGGGGGAGCUGGAGGAGCUGGAGAAAAAUCUGAAGGAGAAACAGGAAAAAAUGGCGCAGGCAAACCAAACGCAUCAAGAUACAGCUGACCAGUACAAACUGCUGAAAGAGGAAAAUGACAGACUGAACACUACCUAUCGUCAGCUGGUGAAGGACAAUGACAAUCUCCAGGUGGACCAUAAGAACAUAAAGAGCCAGCUGAAUAACGCCAAACUGGACCAGACCAAGCUGGAGGCCGAAUUCUCUAAACUGAAGGAGCAGUACCAGCAGCUGGACAUCACCUCCACCAAGCUCACCAACCAGUGUGAAUUGUUGAGCCAGCUGAAAGGAAACCUGGAGGAGGAGAAUCGUCACCUGUUGGACCAGAUCCAGACUUUGAUGCUGCAGAAUCGCACCCUCCUGGAGCAGACCAUGGAGAGCAAGGACCUGUUCCAUGUAGAGCAAAGACAAUACAUAGACAAACUGAAUGAGCUGAGGAGACAGAAAGAGAAGCUGGAGGAGAAGAUCAUGGACCAGUACAAGUUCUACGACCCCUCACCUCCACGCAGGCGUGGCAACUGGAUCACUUUGAAGAUGAGGAAGCUGAUCAAGCCGAAAAGUCGGGAGAGGAUGCGCUCUCUCACUCUGACUCCCUCUCGUUCCGAGUCGGGUGAUUUCCUCUCGUUUCCAUUGGACAGCCAGGACAGCUCGUCCAUAGGCUCGGGUUCCAACUCGCUGGACGACGCACUGACACAAAAGAGAAGCGGCAGGAGGAGAGGGCAGCACUCCCAUGCCCAAGGGCAGGGUUCCACCAAUGCUAUUAAAAGGUUGCCUUUCAUGAGGAACAGAUCGAAGGACAAAGACAAGGCCAAGGCCAUCUACCGGCGCUCCAUGUCCAUGAACGACCUGCUACAGACCAUGGCAGUGGCUGGCGGUCCUGGAGCUCAGUGGGCGGGCAGUAUCGAGAACCUGGAUGGCGCCGAGGCCGGAGAUGCUGGCAUGACGGGCAGCAGCAGGCGGGGCGGCCAGCGCAUGAAGGAGCUCGCCCUGUCCACCAACGCCAUCGACUGUGCCGCCCUCACCCUUCCCUCUGCGGGGCGCAGCCGGGCCAAGCUCCGGCUUCAGGUCAAAGAUAACGCCUCCUGUGAAGAUGUUGUUGGCUCUUUAGAUGACCCCAGGAGUCAAGGCCUGCGGGUGUAUAGCAGUGCUCUGGCUCUGCUCCCUUCUCCCACUGAGCUGAGCGUUAAGUGCAGAGUGCCCUGUAGCAUCUGUACCACCAGACCCACCAGUCUCCAUAGCAACAGGACCACCAGUAGUAAUAGUAACAAUAACUCCCACCUCACUUCUCCUCUGGAGGGCAAAGGCACGUUGAACGGCAGCCUCAGCCGGCCUCACAGCGAGAGCAGCGGAGAGUUCAGCCUCAGUUUGGAUCAGGAGGUGUGGUCCAGCAGCGGCAGCAGCCCCGUCCAGCAGCCCACCUCUUCGCGCUCCUCCCAUCAGAGCCCCCUGCAGCUGCGCCGGUCCCUCGACCCAUCCACCGCCGCAGGGAGCCCCGGACAGAACCAGAACAGGUGCAGCGAGGUGCUCUCACUGCAGCAGUUCCUGGACGAGGGUAUUGAUCCUGCAGAGUCUGGCAGUCAGGAAAAUCUCACUGUAGACUCCCCUCGCCUCUCCACGUCUUCUGAGCACGGGCCAAAAGAACGCACUACUAAGGGCCGUGGAAUAUUACGCUCCUCUAGUGGGAAAGCGGCUGCGGUCAGCUGUGAUCGCCCACCGAGAUCCACUGGACAACCGGGUCGCCCGACCCUGCGCAAGGCGGAGAGCACCCGAGUGAGAGGCUCCGUCCCGAUCCGCUCCAGCCUGUCCUCGCAGGCCAAAGCCACGUCUGUCUCCGAACGCCUAGACUCGGCUUCCUCCACGCUGCCCCGGGCCAGCAGCGUCAUCUCCACCGCCGAGGGCACGACACGGCGCACCAGCAUCCACGACCUGCUCUCAAAGGACAACCGGCAGCCCGUGUCCGUCGACGUUGCUCCUCCCGUCACGUCCACCAAGGCUGGGGUGCGCUCCCAGCCUACACCCAGUGAGUACCACCCCAAGAGCACCAAUCUAAAGGGACCCCUUACCACCAACACCCCCAUGCCCAAGUCACUCAGCUUACCCUGCCAUAGCUCGGAGGAUCCCGACCUCUCCACCCUCGAGUCUUUCCUCGGCCCUUCCUUCACUGUCGAGUCUGUGUUCAUGGACUCCAUCUUUAGUGAGUCGGCAGGCAAAAACCUCCCCUUCCUGUCUCUAAACCCCACCCUAGUCAGCAACAUCAGUGGGCCUCCCGUUACAAAUAAAACACACCCUCUUCCAAUCCCCAAUCACAUUUCCACCCAAAACCAGGCCUCUCACAGCCAAUCAAAUGGUCAGAUGAGGUCCAGCCCAGCCAGUCUGAGCGAGUAUAAAGAGGCCGUUGAUAGCAGUCGUGUGAAUAAUUCGGACCAGUCACUGAAUGCAGAGGACAACCAGUCUCUGUGGUAUGAGUACGGGUGUGUGUGAGGUUCACACUUAAAGAGGGGGGACUGACGGGAUGGAUACACAACAAGUCCUCCUUGUCUGCAUGUAUUUAUUUAGAGCACUCUCUUUCUCUGCGUGGUGAUUUUGUUUCAUUCUUUUCUGUUUGUCAUGGUGCUGAUUGGUGAAUCGCUGUUUUGUUUUUUCUUUAUUUUUCUGGCUUGUUCUUAUUCUCUGAGGCGGGACUUUGAAUGUUCUUCCGUCCGACAGCUUUUACCAUGUUAUUGUUUCCCCCCAUUAAAUCUGUUCCACUGGCUAACAUUACACUAUUAUCUGCAGUUUGGGAUUUGUUUCUCUGUUUUAAAGCUUAAAUCUUAAGUGGGCUGUAAUUGGUUCAAAAAACAGGUAAAUUAACGCUAGUUUGUCUCUGAUCUCGUAGCUACGAUUUCAUUACAAAUCCAAAUGAAAAAUGUUCAGUGUGUCAGAUAAUAGGUUCACUUUCCACUUCCUGUUUGCUGUGAUGUUUCGAUGUAUGGGGGAGUGUCUGGUUCACUGCUUUUUAACUCGGUUGCAUCAUCCCCUAAAUUGCACGGCUUUGUUCUGUUGCGCUCAUUUUGAUUGCUGUGAUCAAAAUGGUUCGUCCUGUUUUUGUUUCUAAUAAUGGUGUGUACUGUCUUUUUUUUUUUUUUUACAUUUGAGUUGUGUAUUUUGUUUUAUAAACAUUAACUGGGGCACUUGCUCUGGUGGGUCCUGACUGACCGUCUGGGCUGGUGACAAAAUGAUGAAGCUUCAUUCUCAAAAUGAUCUGAGGAGACUGUAAAGAUGGGUUGGUGAAAGUUGACAGAGAAGGUAACUGAGUAGGGUGAUGAUGAUAUUGGUAUUAGGGAGAGCUGCAGCUAACAGUUACUUUAAUUAUGGAUAAAUCUGUUGUUUACUCAGGAUAAGUGUAAAAAAGAAUAAUCAUAAUUUCCCAGAGCAAAUUGACAUUUUUGCUUGAAAAAAUCCUGAAAUGUGGACAGAUUAUAUCAAGUUUCACAUUUAUGAUUAUAUUUUGGGUUACAACUAGAAUAGGUUAACAUGCUUUAUUGCUCAAGAAACAAACCCGUGUUAGGCAGCUUUUGAUGGCAUUAUUGAAACAGGGAGUUAAAAUAGUAAGUUGUUGUCAGUGGUCAGAUUGUUUCGUGAAUGAAGUGAACAUCAUCUCUUUUGGUAUCUGGGAACAUAUAUAUACUCAUCCCGACGCACCACAACCUGAGACUGAAUAAUUUUUGAAUAUGUAUUUCAGACUGACAAGAUCUUGUACAGAUGUUUGUAAUCGUUAAGUUAUAAUCGAAGACGAGCACUGCUUCAUGUGCCGAUGCUAGUAGUACUGUCCACCUAUAGAUCCUUAUUUAUUUCUGCUUUUUGAACUCUGUACUUGCUGUUUUGAAGUUGCUUUAACUCUAUUUAUCUUAAUCUACAGUAUAUAUGAAAAUGUCACUGUCUCCAGAUGUAACUUGAACGUUGCCUUUGUCCUACAGAUGUGGAGGGCAGAAAGUCUAAAAGCAGGAGCGGGGAGCCGCAGCAAAGCUGCUAAACCCCGCCCCCACCACCCUCGUCUAUCUGCUACCAUGCUGUGAGCGUGUGGUGAGUGAGUGCUGCUCGAGUGGGAGGGAAUAGGGAUUGGGGUGGAAGGGUGGAGAGGGUUUGGUCUUGUCUCCAUGGGAACCUAAAACAUGGUGUAACAGAUGUCGUCCAUCCUGCCGUGCACUUGCUUCCCCCCGUCCUCCUCCUCACUGUCCUGUUUGUCGCCCCACCGUCCCCGCGGUGCCAAACGCCUGUUCACAGAGCCUGACGGGACCUCGGUCUGCACGGCAUAUGGGCCGCUCUGAGUGGACCAACGCUUUGCCUGUUUGUGUCCCCAAAUCCCCCCAACGAGAGGAGUUCCACAACUGACUGUACCCCUCCUCCAUGAUGCAUCUUGUGUUGUUGGUAAAGGUGACUGCUAAGUGGAAGAAGGAAAAAAAAAAGGGCCCUUUGCUGCUUUCAGGCUGCUUGAUGUUGCUGCAUGGCUUCAGUGUAGCGCUGAAAUCCCUCCUCUGUCCUGUUCCCUUGACAAUGCAUGUAGACCCAGGCUGGCUGCUUCCCUCUGUCUCCCCUUAUAUAUACAUAUAUACAUAUAUAUAUAUCACUGUCUCCUGAUACAGUUUCUGUCUUUUAAUCUUCUUUUUUCUCUCUUCUCCUUGCCUUCAUCUGUCUCCUUUUCUUUCUUUUCUUAUCUUGCCACUCCUCUUUGCUUGCCUGGGACUCAGAGAGAGAAAGGUGGCCUUGGAGCUGUGUGUCUGAAGCCUAGUAGAAUUAAUCUGCUGAGACCGUCUACAGUGAGAAAAGAUUGUAUAUCCCAGUUUCCUUUGACUUCCCUUUUUUUGUUUUGUUUGAACGCAGGACACUUGAUUAGAGAAAAGUGGCUUCCUUCUCUGUUUAGUUUUCUUCCUUGAAUCAAGGAAACAACAGAAAAAUACUAGAAAUUGUUGCGGUGACUUUUUUUUUUCUAUAAAGAUUAACGCUGUGGCAGAUUGCACUGCCAUGAGUCCUUCAGUGUGACGGACUGCUAGAUGUGCACUAGUCUCUGCGGACUUAAGAUUAAAGUGCCAAUGUUCACACAACAGCCAAAUGGGCGAUCUUAAAACCAGACUGAUGACUCCAUUUUCCGCAUCUUCCGCGCAACUUCGACGUCAGCCGGACCUUCUUCUGCCCAACGCCAUGAUCGCAAUCCUUGUGUUUUUUUUGCAAAUGGGCAGCAUGCACAAGCAAAGACGACAAAACGUUCUCAAAGCAUGUCAGCACCGAACAUUUCAACCCGCCAUCAGACUGAAGAAUCACAAUCUGCAUGGAGCAAUCAAUCAGCCAAUCACCCCACUUCCUUUUAUCAAUCAGAGAGGAGGACAGUGUUCAGUGGGGAUUGUACUCGCCAGGAUGCCAAAUGGACUCGGACGGGAAGCCAUGACAUCAUGAGUGGAGGUUGUGUGAUCAGAGUGCGCGUGAGAGAGAGAGAGAGAGAGACUUAUCACGGGACAGUUCCAGGUCACCUAUAUGACAGUUAGCAGCCAUGACACCCCAGAAAUAACCUCUAGACGCUGCUCACGUUGGCUUGAAUCACUCAUCACAGGCCAUCCAUCGCUUCUCAUCCUGCUCUGAUGUGGAAACAGUAAAAAAGCACACUCGCUGUUCAUUAACAUGCCAUCACAGUAUCACGUACCUACUGUGUGAAAAGACACUCAAUGAGUUGUUAAUGUAGACUGGAGUAUAGGUGACCUGCAGUCUCCCCACUUCAUGUGCAGAUUUCUGUUGCUGUGUGGAAACAUGACGGUGAUGAUGAGACCCAGUGUUUUUCCUCCUUUUCCACUUUUACAUAAAUCCAUUUGAUGUAAUUAAAGUUCAUCAAGACUA